AAAUGACCAACAAAAAUAUCGCCUAGAUGUAGACAGCACAAGCAGCCCCAUGUGGUACGCACGAUCGUUAUACAACCGAAGCUAAAUAGUCAGCCAUCACAACAGCCAACCAUCGCUCGACAGCUUGAUUGUAUUGCAUUGUAAUCAAGGCUCAUCUAUUGUAUCAAGCACAUUUUCGUUCGACCGUAAACUGAUAAACAAAUUUCUGAAUAUUAUCCUACAUAUUCUACACGUAUUUUAUAAACGAAUCAUCCUGAGGAAACCUUAUAUCAAUGAAUCACACGAUAUUCGCUAUUCGCCAGCAUGUACCCCACCAAACUCGCCAUCCCGAAGAUCGAGAUCAACUUCGACACCCCGAACCGGGAGCGCUUUCUUCGGGACGAGUACCCGCAGCACAACUGCUCCAGCUACACGGUACUGGGCCGAGGUAGCUACGGUGUGGUCAUCAAGGCGGCCUACAAGGGCCAACACGUGGCGGUGAAAAUUGUGGAAAAACAUCGCAAAUAUCGCUGCCGGUACGAUUCGCUGCGAAACGAAGCGAACGUGCUCAAUCUGAAGCACGAGAAUAUGGUGCGGGUGUUGAAGAUCAUCUCCGGUGCGCGGUACGGAUUGGUGAUCAUGGAGCGUUUCGAUGGGCAUUGCUUGCAAAGUGUGCUGAAUGCGGGCUACGAAGUGACGGUUUAUCAUCGUUUGUUGAUCUUAUGCGACAUAAUCAACGGCCUGUGCUUCUGUCAUCGUCAUCAUAUUGUACACUUGGAUGUCAAACCUCAGAACGUGAUAGUAUGCGUGGUGAUCCCAGGCUGUACAGCCAACAAUAGAUGCACUGCGAUAAGAAAUUAUACCUGUAAGUUGUGUGAUUUUGGAUCCUCGAUGGCGUUGAAUAAGCCCAGCGAGGAUGAGUCGAAGAACAAUCGAGGCACGAUCCGAUAUAUGGCACCGGAGUUGCUUCGAGGGCUGGAUGGGAUAACAGAACUAGCCGACGUCUAUUCGUUUGGUGUUACAAUGUGGCAGCUCAGCGAGGGAAAAGACCCUUACGAGUCGAUUGUAUCCAACGAAGCCGUGGCCUACAACGUCGUCAAGAAGAAGAUCCGACCGGAUAGCGUUACGACGGCGGAAAUACUCCGCUCUGAACCAGUGUCCAUUCCUGCGGGAAACAAUCUACACCUUCAUGCAUCACGUGGUCGCAAAAACAGCGACAACUCGAUGGAGUCUUCUCAAACCUAUCUGAAAGGAAAUGGAAAUUCGCACAUUAGCUUUCACAGUAGCAUCCUAAUUUCGUCCAAUGCAUCGGAUCAUCAUCGGCCCACCAUUGAUUGUACCACGGACGCCAUGCGUGACGAACUUCAGCAACAGGGCAUCGACCUUCUCGAGGUAGAUCCAACCACGGAGUACGACGAGGAUGAGCCAGACGAUGCACCGAGCCUGGCCUCAUUGAAUGCCCUCUUCGUGCAGGCAGUCGAGUUGCAUACCGUCAAUCAGAAUUAUAUCCGACAGGAGUAUAGGAACCUGUAUAGGAAAUGUUGGCAGCAUGAGGCCGUUCGUCGCCCAACGGCCGUGGAUGUUCGUGCCACACUGCACGGCAUGGUCGAGCGGAUUGUUUGUUGUAAAUAGUUAGUGUGGUUGUGUGUUUUGUUCAGAGUUUGUGUUAAGUGUUUUCUUUUAUCACUUGUUAAGCUCCAUGGCAGCUAUCGAGCUGUUAUUAUCAGCAUGUGAGCUCAUAUUUGUUGUGUUGUCCUUUGUGUUUUCACAGUUUUCCUAGAUUAGGAAUUUUAUCUCACAAAAUAUAUUAUCGAUAUUUUUUAAAAUAUCCUUACAGCAAAAAUUGUGCGAUAGUUAAUAAAGUAUUGUCAUCGC